UCUGUACAAGGAGGCCAUGAUGGAGGAGCACCAGCCUCUUAUAUCACAAGGAAAUUCCAGUAAGAAUUCUAAGAGAAACUUCUUGUACUCUCUAAAGUAUAAAGUAGAAGAUAUCAUACAGCACUCUUCAGGAGAAAAUCUUAUUACCUUUAUAGUAUAUCCAGGACUGCACAGUACAGAUCUAUUAUAUAAUCCCUCUAACCACAAAGAACCUCCUCCUGACCAGUCACGGUUUGUUACUACAAGUAUAGGUCAGAAAGGGGGUGAAACGUUUCACUGUGGUGAAGAGGUCACAAAAACCUCAGGUCUUUCUACACAUAGAAGAAAUGACACAGAGGAGAAGAUCUACUCUUGUUCAGAAUGUGAAAAGUGCUUUACAAAGAAAUCAAGUCUUGUUUCUCAUAAGGGAAUUCACACAGGAGAGAAGCCAUAUUUAUGUUCAGAAUGUGGGAAAUGUUUUAUUAAAAAAUCACAUCUUGUUAUACAUAAAAGAAUUCAUACAGGGGAGAAACCAUACUUCUGCUCAGAGUGUGGGAAGUGCUUUAUAGAUAAAUCAGCUCUUGUUAGACAUGAGAGAAUUCACACCACAGAGAAAGUGUAUUCAUGUUCAGAAUGUGGUAAAUGUUUUACUCAAAGAACACAUCUUGUUACACAUAAAAAAAAUCACACAGGGGAGAAGCCAUAUUCAUGUUCAGAAUGUGGGAAGUGCUUUACAUAUAAAUCACAUCUUGUUACACAUGAAAGAAUUCAUACAGGGGAGAAACCAUACUUCUGCUCAGAGUGUGGGAAGUGUUUUACAGAUAAAUCAGCUCUUGUUAGACAUGAGAGAAUUCACACUGGAGAGAAGCCAUAUUCAUGUUUGGAAUGUGGGAAAUGUUUUACACGAAAAUCAUAUCUUGUUACACAUGAGAGAAUUCACACAGGAGAGAAAGCAUAUUCAUGUUCAGAAUGUGGGAAAUGUUAUACUCGAAAAUCAUAUCUUGUUAUACAUGAAAGAAUUCAUACAGGGGAGAAACCAUACUUCUGCUCAGAGUGUGGGAAGUGCUUUACAAAUAAAUCAUAUCUUGUUAAACAUGAGAGAAUUCACACAAGAGAGAAGCCCUAUUCAUGUUCAGAAUGUGGUAAAUGUUUUACUCGAAGAUCACAUCUUGUUACACACAAAAAAAUUCACACAGGGGAGAAGCCAUAUUCAUGUUCAGAAUGUGGGAAAUGUUUUACUAUUAAACGAAGUCUUGUUCAACAUGACCGAUGUCACACAGGAGAGAAGCCUUAUUCAUGUUCUGAAUGUGGAAAAUGUUUUACAAAUAAAACACUUCUUGUUAGCCACAAAAGAAUUCACACAGGAGAGAAGCCGUAUACUUGUUCAGAAUGUGGGAAGUGCUUUGUAGAUAAAUCAAGUCUUGUUGUACAUGAGAGAAUUCACACAGGAGAGAAACCAUAUUCAUGUUCAGAAUGUGGUAAAUGUUUUAUUACUAAAGCCAGACUAAGGAUUCAUCAGCGAAGCCACAUAGGGGAGAUAUUCUGUGGAUCUGUUAGAUUUCCCACCCGUCUGCUGUAUUGUACUGAAUUGUUACAGAUGACAAAUCAGGGGGAAGAUCUGACUGAUAUUAAAGUGGAGGAUGAAGAAGAGCGGAUGAUGGGUUAUCCCCUGUGUAAGAGUGAGAUGGAGGAGGACAUUCCAGGAGAUGUCACCACAGGAAAUGCCAGCAAGAAUUCUGAGGGAAACUUUAUGUUCUCUCUAAAUGAUAAAGUAGAAGAUAUCAUGCAGCGCUCUUCAGGAGAAAACCUUAUUACCCUUAUUGUACAUCCAGGACUGCACAGUACAGAUCUGUCAUGUAAUCCCUUUAAUCCGGAGGAACCUCCUCCUGACCAGUCAUGGAUUGUUACCACAAGUACAGGUCAGAAAGGGGUUGAAUGGUUUCACUGUGGUGAAGAGUUCACAAAAACCUCGGGUCUUUCUACAAACAGAAGAAAUAACACAGAGGAGAAGCCAUACCCAUGUUUAGAAUGUGGAAAGUGCUUUACAGAGAAAUUAAGUCUUGUUUUACAUGAGAGAAUUCACACAGGAGAGAAACCAUAUUCAAGUUCAGAAUGUGAGAAGUCCUUUACAGAGAAAUCAAGUCUUGUUUUACAUGCAAGAAUUCCCACACGAGAGAAGCCGCAUUCAUGUUCAGAAUGUGGGAAGUGCUUUAUAUAUAAAUCACAUCUUGUUACACAUGAAAGAAUUCAUACAGGGGAGAAACCAUACUUCUGCUCAGAAUGUGGGAAGCGCUUUACAGAUAAAUCACCUCUUGUUAGACAUGGGAGAAUUCACACAGGAGAGAAGCCAUAUUCAUGUUCGGAAUGUGGGAAAUGUUUUACACGAAAAUCACAUCUUGUUGCACAUAAAAGAAGUCACACAGGAGAGAAGCCAUAUUCAUGUUCAGAAUGUAGGAAAUGUUUUAAUGUUAAACCAAGUCUUGUUGAACAUGAGAAAUAUCACACAGGAGAGAAGCCUUAUUUAUGUUCUGAAUGUGGAAAAUGUUUUACAAAUAAAUCAAGUCUUGUUAGACACAAAAGAAUUCACACAGGAGAAAAGCCGUAUUCUUGUUCAGAAUGUGAGAAAUGCUAUACAGAUGAAUCAAGUCUUAGUAGACACAAAAGAAUUCACACAGGAGAGAAGCCGUAUACUUGUUCAGAAUGUGGGAAGUGCUUUAUAGAUAAAUCAAGUCUUGUUAUACAUGAGAGAAGUCACACAGGAGAGAAACCGUAUUCAUGUUCAGAAUGUGGGAAAUGUUUUAUUACUAAAGCCAAACUAAGGAAUCAUCAGAGAAACCACACAGGGGAGAUGUUCAUUUGAAGGUCUUUA